AUGAAAUUUUGCAUCAUAUUCAACCCAUCGGGAGUGACAGAGACAGAUAACCACACGAUAGAUGUCACUCCAAACCAGCUCCUUUACAGAAAUGCGUCAUCCUGGUGCAAUUACACCAAGAUGAUGAGCAAACUAUCCCUCCAGAAUCCAGCCGUUUUACCAAAAGGAAUUUUCUUGAUUUGUGGGGACAGAAUUUGGCCUGCUAUCCCUGCAAAAAUCAGGGGCGGUCCAUGCAGCAUUGGAGAACUCUCAUUGAUAACACCCAAUUUGAAAACUUUGAGGGAACAGUCACACAGGAAAAUAAGAUCCAUUGAACAAUAUGGCCCAAAUUGUGAUGAUGAGGUUUAUACCUGGAACAAGGCUCGGAGAAUUGCAGUAGCAAUUUUCUCACCCCAAGCAGCAUCGGGGGUGGCCUUGACACAAUUGGACCACAUGGCGUGUUGGUUGAACAAACACACCCAUGCCAUUUCUUCUGCACUGAGCGACAUGUUAACAGAUAUCGACAGUGCGAGACAAGCAACGCUUCAGAACAGGGCGGCAAUUGAUUAUUUGCUGCUAUCACACGGACAUGGGUGUGAAGAAUUCGAGGGAAUGUGCUGCAUGAACUUGUCUGAUCAUUCGAAAUCUAUCCAUGAAAACAUAAAACAAAUGCAAAACAGCAUCAGCAAAUUGCAAAAGGUUACAGGAUCAUGGUGGGAUGACUUCAUCAACCUUUUUAGUCUCUCACCAUUGUGGAGGGAGCUUUUGAAGAUAGCAUUUUAUAUCCUUAUAGGAUUUCUAGUUCUUCUGCUUGUUCUGCCGUGCAUUUUUCUAUGCAUUCGGCGGGUCAUGGACAAAGUGGCAAGACAGGUCUUCUUGGUGCAAACAGGAGGGGGAGAUGGUUUUUUCUUCCUAGGGCUAGGCCUCCUGCAGUCUUUACAAACUCUCCAUAUGUCAUCCAAUGCCAUACAACAGAUUGACCCAAAGGAUUUUCAAAACUGUUCACAGCUGAAGGACAUUGACUUGCGAAACAACAAGAUAACUAAAAUUCAUCCAGAUGCCUUCAGAGAUCUCAACAAAUUACAGGUCGUGGAUCUUCGUGAAAAUGCUCUGACAAUCCCUCUACCACAGAUACUAGUCAGUUUGAACUUUUUUCAACUUGAAGUGUAUUUGUCAAAGAAUGCCUGGAUAUUUAACUGCAGGCUAAAUGCUUUUAAACAUUUCUUUCAUUUUGUCUUUGAAUCCACAAGGCAGAAAUGGAGCCUUUCAUACAAUAAGUCUGCCAACAACUCCCAGAAACCUCUGCUGUAUCUUUCAAGUUUCCAUUUAAACUGCAGGGACAAUGUUUUGCUCAAAAGGGCCACAGUCCCAACAGGGAACACAUCAGUGCUGACCUGUAACUUGGACAACAUAAGGGGCAAUGGAGUCUCUUGGUGGACACCUAAGGGCAGAAUUUCAAAAAAUCACCGUCUUCCUCAUAUGACACUGGAUAAAAUGAAUAAUUUAGUGAUAUACAAUGCUGAGAAAACUGCUGAAGGGUUAUAUUUGUGUAUUUUUAAUACAACCAAAGAGAAGUAUCUCAUUUAUAAUAUAGAGGUGAAAGAAGGAAUCUCAGCAUUUUUGGUUAGAAAAGCCAGGGACACUAACACUGUUUUUAGACAGAAAGAAACAGAGCCAAACUUUGCACUGGCUGUCUCCCUGUCUGUGCUCAUUACAUUUGUUUGUGCUUUUUGUCUGGGUGCUUUUGCUAGACCGUACCUGGAGAGCCUGUGGAGACUCAUGCGCAGGAACAAAAAUUCAGGUUCAGAACACACGUAUUCUAAUCAAGCUUUUUCAGAUGAAACCUUGAGCAGAGAGUCUUCUGCAAGCAGGCCAACAAAUAUGCAGCACAAUACAUUAUUUUGUGAUAAGAACUCUUUAAGAAACACACGCAUUUUUCCUACAGAAACUUCUACUGUGUAUGAAAUUGUCACUGGCAGUGGUGUACAUUCACCAAAUCCCAAAGCAGAGUACCAGAAACAAAGCAAUACUGAGAUCAACAUGAAGAAUACAGCGUUUUCAAAAGUCCAAAGUAGUAUUGACAAUAAUGAAAGUAUAAAUGUUUAUGAUCCUGGACUAUUUUUUGUAAUGGCGGAUUGCCAGAAAAGCAAUGAAAUAACACCAAACAGCAAAGUAAGGAACAACUCUGGUCUGCUGCAGACUGAAACCACAAAAGCUACACCAGAUUCUCCAGAAAGAAAAGGUGUUUCACAUAACAAACCCAGGCACACUAGAAAAUUUAUGCAGGAGAGGCAAAGCUGUGAAGAACAACUUUGUCUAAAUGGCAACAAAAAUAUACCUAGUGAUGUUGGAGAUUUUAUUUCACCCAGUAGGUCCAGAAGAGAUGCAGCUAUUGAGAAUUUAAGCAUUUAUGAAACAACAGAAAACUCUCCCCUAACAGAGCAUGACUGUAAAAGGAUACAUUCAGACAAAAAAGAUGCUUCAGCUGAUAUAUUUGGUGACAGUUCUUCAGCUGAAGGGGCUCCAUUCACAAUGAGUGAUUGUAGUUCUUUAGCAGACUUUGAAGUGGAACAACCUGGUGUUAGUGACAACCUGCCAGUGUGUCAGUCAUCACUAGAUGAAGCCAAGACAGACAGUGGAACUGAGAAGUUUGUAACACCACCAGAGUCUCCAAACAUUACUGCUGAACUUCAGCAGACUGGGAAAAAUGAAGAUGAGAACAGUGCCUAUUUUGAAACCACUAUUAAUUAUGGGUCAGAUACCACCAUGCAGGAAACAGCAUCCCCUUACACUGAUAAAAGCAGUGGCCACGUAAGCGUGUCAGAUCCAGAUACAGUCAGUUCUUCAAAUCAAGAAAUUCCAGAUACAUUUGAUUAUUUUACUAAUGCAGAGUCAACAGCACAAAACUCUGAUUCUCUCCACAGUCAAAGUACAGAUUUUGGUAACAUGGUACUUAAGUUAGAACCUUUUCCCACACAUGACACAGAGGAAACUUCUGAAGAGGAUGAACUGCAGCUUUCUCUGUUUCCCAGAGAAUCACAGCAUUCCCUCACCUUCAGUCACACAGAACAAAAAGAAAAUGCACCAGCAGGAAGUACAGAUGAGCACAUAGCCAGGAACUCCCCUGAAAAGAAUCACAGUGAAGCAGACAUUACAUUAAGAAGAAACACUAGUAUAUCUGAGGACAAUGGCUUUAUUUUUGCUCCCAUUGAUACUGGUUUGAAUGAAGUUGUAAAAAAACCAUCACUGCUGCAUUCCAGCCAAGAAUCAUCUCUUCAAUUGCUGCCUGAAGACACAGCUGAAAAACAUUUUAUGUUUGUUACACAGCAAGAUGACUUGCUACCACAGGAGAAGCAGGUUUGUGCAGAUAAAAUGCAAGGAGGUUCUGAUGAGAAAAAACGUGAUGGAUUCACAGAAUUACAGGAUACCAGCAAUUGCAGUCUGCCUGAAGAAACGCAGUCUUGUAGUCCUACAGCAGUUCUGCUGCAUCUUCAUAGUUCUGGGAAAACUCAGUCAGAAUUCACAACAGAUAAUCCCUUCCAACUGGAUCAGAGUGAUGAGGAUGCAUAUUCCUUCUCAAUCCCACAAGGCUUCUUCAGUGAAAGCACACCAUACAGUUCAUCUUCCUUCCCACAAAAGCCUACAAGAAAUACAAUCUCUGAAAGCACUGAUUCCAGCAAGAUGAAGGAUCACACUACUUUGACAGAACUGGAGAACCAUUCUGCAACAACUGUAGAACACCUCCAAAAUUUCAGUGAAAAUCACAGCCAAAAAAGUCAAACAAAUUCGGGACAGAACCAGUUUUUUGUUAAGAAGAAAAGAGCAUUUGAUGGAUUUGCUAAUAUUUUGCAAAGCAGGAGAACAAACUUCAGUAGUUGAAACACAAAAUGGUAACACUAAGCUCCCACAUGUCAUUACAGCAGGUGCAAACAUUUAUGUCAUUACAGCAGGUGCAAACAUUAUUUUGUUUUAAAGUGAAAUUACUUUUGUUUAGAAGGGUACUCAUAAAAAAACCCAAUAAUAGACUUUAUGAAAAGCUACUCCAGGAUAUUAAU